AUGAACAUCCGCUUUUAAAAAAUGCUAAAUUACUUCUUGGAUUUAUACAUUCAAAAUGAAGAACAAUUAAUAAUUUUUCCAAGAUCUCUUGUUUUGAUUUUGAGAAUUUAAUCAUCGCUAUAAAGUUUAUCAUAUAUAUAUGGAAGUGAAAUAAAUUCAUAUGUGACAUUAUUAAGUGAAUUUGCAAGACCUUAAUUAUUUUUUGCUCCAUUAGAUGCAGCUUAAUACAUUAUUUUGGUUUUAUGUAAUUUUUAUAUCAUAAAUUUGUUCUCAAUAAACGCACAUAGUAAAUAUUUUGGAAUUUUUGGAUAAUUAUUAAGAAGCAGUUUACUAAAUUUUUUUUUUGAAUAUAGCACAGGAUAAUUAAAACUGCUUACACAUUCAUUCUUAAUUCUUAUAUCAUUUAGCGAAACCUUAGUUUUAUCUGGGACAUUAAAUGCAAAUACAACAAAUUUUUAAAAUACGCGAUUUUCAUUCUUAGAUUUAAUCUUAGCUAUUUUAAAUUAUAUCAUAAUGAUAGUAUAUUCAUAUUACGAAAAAUAGUAAGUUAUAACAGUGUUAGCUUUAACAAUAAACAUUUUAAAGGCAAUAAAUCUAAUAAUGUUUUCCCCGUUAAAAAAUUUUUAAACUCAAUCAAUCUUACUUUCAAUAAAUCUUUACACAUUAUUUUUAGGACUUCUAAAAGUUGCAUCUAUAGAAAAGAAUUUUACAAGUGAAAUAGUGCUUAUACCAUUAUUUUUAAAUGUUACUUUUAUUUAUUAGUCUAGGUAAUUUAGACAAACAAUUUAACAUACUAAAAAAGGUUAUUGUAAUGUAAUUAAUAUUUUAAUAUAUCUUGAUAAUAUUAAGGACAUUAAAGCAAUUAAGAUAGAGAAACCAUAAAAUGCUAAAGAGAGAAUUAUAUACUCUAGUAUUCUUAUGCUAUAAGGAUAUGAUUAUGAAGCAUAUUUAGAAUUAAAUUAAAUUCCAGAAUAAUAAUUAAAUGUUUUAGAUAAGUUUAAAAAAAAAGUAGUUUUAAAAUAGUGCAUCAAUAAAAUUGAUUGCAAGAUUUAGGUUGAAUCUAAUUAAUAGCAUAAAAUUGCUUUAGCAGUUAGUUCUUUAAUGGCUAGUGAAGACUCUAAUUAUUUAAUUAGAAAUGAUAUACUAUGUAUUUUAAAAGAGAAGAUUACCUGUUAAUAGUUAUUGAUGUAAAGUUAAACAUAUAAUCAUUAUAACUAAUAUCUCAAAUUUAUACAAAAUGCCUUAAGUUUAUAAAAUAAGUUAGAAAAGUAAUAUAGAGAAUUUCCUUGUGAUAAAACUCAAAGUAUUUUAGGAUUUUUUUAUGCAGAAAUAAUGAAUGAUUUUUUGACGACUAAUCAAUUAUUUAGCAUAAUUGCAUUUUCUGAUGAAAAAAUAAAAAGAGUUGGGACAUAUUAAGAUAUUUUUUCAAAUAAGAUGAUUUAUUUAAUAUCUAAAUUCACAAACACUUUAAUUAUUAAAAGAUGUUCAAAUGAUGCUAAUUAAUUAUUACAUAUGACUAAUGAAUAAUUACAAGGAAAAUCUGUAAAUUGUCUUAUUCCACCUGGAAUUGCAGAACAUCAUGAUAAAUUUAUUUUUAAAUUUCUUUAAACAGGAUAAGCUAAAUAUAUGAGAAAGAUUAAUUAAAGUUAUCUUUAUUAUUCCCAUAAGAAUUUAAUGACAGUUGUAGAAUUUGUAUUUGAUGUAAAUUUAUUUAAUGAUUUCAGUUUUAUAUCAUUCAUUUAACCUACAUCAAAUUAACAAAUGUUUUUAAUUGUCAAUUAAAAUUAAAAAAUCUCUUGUUUAAGUGAAGGACUAGUCAUUGAAUUAGGAAUGAAAAUUCCAAUCCAAAAUUAUAUAGGAAUUAAUAUUAAGGCAAUUCUACCUGAUUUUCCAUUAUUAAUAUCAGGAACUUAAUUUAUUGAAAAUGCAGAAGCUCAUUUUUCUAAAUUUAAUGAUGAAAAUAUAUAAAUUGCAGGUUCCACAUAAUUUGUAACUUUUAUUACAUCUUAUAAUGUGAUUUCAUGUUAAUUUUAAGAAGAAGAUUUAUAUUAGAUCAUAACUUUUGACUUUUUCAAAAAACCAACAUAUUAAUAUUAACCAAGCAUAUCUAAUUUAAGUCCAACAUUAAGUCCAAGAAAAAUUGAUGAUUAACAUUUAAAUUUCUUUAGUUUAGUCAAUUAAGAAAGUCAUGUAAAAAUUCCAUAUAAUGAAACUAUUAGUUAGAAAAAACAUACAAAUUCAUUUAAUCAAAAAUAAUUAAAAGAAAGUUAAAAAGUAAUAGUUAAUUAAACUGAAUAAAAUGAAGUUAAACUUUUUUCUUAUUUUGAACAUACUAAUUUAAUUAGCCCUAGUAGAUAAAACGACAAUUUACUUGUUUAAUAACAAUAUUACUCUAAAUCAAAAUCUAAUAAGUUAUUAUUAUAAAUUUCUGGUUAAGAAUAAGAUUAAUAUAGUAAUGAAAAAUAAUAAGCAUUUUAAGAUGAUAGAUCUUCUCAAAUUUCAAGUUUACAAGGAGCUAGACGAUCAAAAUUUUUUAAGAAAUAUGAAAUCUUUACUAAGAUUAAAGAAUCAAGUUCAUUAUCCAAAAACCAUAAAUUAUUUCUUAUAAUGUUUUUUUUUUGCAUUGUUAUCUAAUUUAUUAUUUAAAUUAUAGUAAUUUAUAUCUAUUAUAAAUUAGUAAUUAAUAGAAAUUAACAGAAAUUUGAAAGGACUCGCAUCUGAUAUAGACUUACUUUAAAUUAAGAAUUUUAUAUUUCAACCUCUUGAAACAUUUUUAGUAACAAGAUGGACAAUAGUAAAUUAUAAUUUAAUGAGAGAUUAAAAAGAAAUUAAUUUAGCAUAACAUGCUGAUUUAAUUAAAUUCCCAAGAUCUAAUCUUAAUUUGGGUUACGAUUCUUUGGAUGAGAAUCUAAAAAAGGCUUUUAAUAGACCUGAAUUAUAAUAAUUUCUUAAGAAUACAUAUUUGGAAGUUUAUAUAUAUGUCAAAACAAAUUAAGGUGAAAUAUAUAAUAUAUCUCUGCGAAACAGUAUAAAUAUUUUGAUUAAUUAUUAAUACACUUUUAAAAUGGCAUAUAUAAUUGAUGGAGCAGCUGUAGCAGAUAGUCCUUAUGUAUAUUUUUAAUAUAGAAAUUAUUUACCAAUAAAAGAGAAAUUCUCUAAUUUAAAUGAAAUAGUGUUAAUUUAAACAAUUUAAAGAGCAGCGAAUAUAAAUGAAAAAGUUAAAGUAAUUUUUGUUAUAAGCAUAUCUGCACUAAUUCUAUUUUUAUCUUUAAUUUUACUUCACUUUAUCAGAAUAACCAGAAAUAUAAAUAGAUAUUAUCUUUUGAUGUAAAAUAUAUCUAAUUAAUAUAUUGAAAAUGAUCUAAGUAGAUUGAAAAGUUUAACAGAAAAAAUUAGUAAAGAUUAAAAUCUAUUAUUUAAAUAUUAUUUUAGUUUGUCUGAAAAAGAGAAAAUAUUUGAAAGUAUAAGUGAUAGAAAUACUACUAUGAGGAGAUUAAACUAAAAAUUACAAUCUUUUAGUAUGUAAGAUAUAUAUUAUUAUCUAUUCAUUUUCAUAACGAUAUUGAUAAUAGUUGGAAAUGCAAUUUUAACUUAUUAUGAAGGCUAAACAUAUUUAAAUAAAUAUCCAGCCACAUCACGUUUUUAUAAAGCUGUAUCAGAUAUUGGUACAGAUGUACCUACGAUGUAUGCUCAAAGAGAUGUACUUUAUGGAAGAACUUAUUUUCCUUAUUAUACUUAAGUUGAUAUUGAAAAUAUUUUAAAGGAGGUUGAAAUGGCAAUUUAUAGAACCUAACUAUUUUCAAGUUAAGAUUAUGAUUUUGAUAAGUAUUUUUUACAAUUAUUACAGUUUUCUCGUUUCCGAUGCAUUUAAAGAGUAUUUUUAAAUUCUGUAAGUUAAAGAUUUGUGUGAAUAUAUUUCUGAAGAAUUAAAAGAAAGUUCAUAAAUUCUCUGUCCUUAAGUAAUGAGCCAAAAUAUGAAGAGAGGAUUAAAAGCUGUCUUGAUAUAUAUAAUCAAUUUUAUAAAGACAGAUAUGGAAAUUAAUAAGUUUUAAGUCAGAACUUAAGCUAGUUUUUUAGAAUUAGAAGGGGCCUUUUUAGUCUCGAAUCUCAUUAAACUUAUUAAUGAUAAAUUCAAUUAAGAUUUAAUGAAUUAAACUUAAUACUAUAUCUCAACAGUUAAUGUAAAAAUUUUAUUUAUUAUAGAUUCAUAACAUUUUUGUUCUAAUUUUAUUUUCCUUUGUUGCAUUGAUCAUACUAACUAUUUUGAUACAAAAACUAAAAUAAAAAUUUCAUCUUGUCAAAAGAUUAGCAUAUCUAUUACCUUAAAGAACUUUAUUAUUUGAUGAUGUUUUUGAAAGAAAUAUCAGAUAAUUAUUACAGCAAAAUUGA